AGGGUUUAGGCAGAGAUCUUGUGGACUUACUAGCUUCGUACCGACCUCUCUCAAACUCUCGCCAUGGCUUCUGUUGAAGAACUCUGGGCAAAGCUCGAUGGGGCUGCUGACUGCAAAUCCCUUCUGAAAAACAAUCUUACUAAGGAACGCUAUGAAGCACUCAAGGAUAAAAAGACGAAAUUUGGAGGUACCCUCGCUGACUGCAUCCGAUCAGGCUGUAUGAACCUCGACAGCGGUGUCGGCAUCUACGCCUGCGACCCCGACGCCUACACCGUCUUCGCCGGCGUCCUCGAUGCUGUGAUUAAGGAAUAUCAUAAGGUUCCCGAGCUUAAGCACCCAGAGCCAGAAAUGGGUGACCUUGACAAGUUGAACUUCGGAGACCUUGACCCAUCUGGCGAAUACAUCGUUUCCACCCGCGUCCGUGUCGGCAGGAGCCAUGACAGCUACGGCUUCCCACCCGUCCUCACCAAGCAGGAGCGUCUGAAGAUGGAGGAGGACACCAAGGCCGCCUUCGAGAAGUUCUCUGGCGAGCUGGCCGGAAAGUACUUCCCUCUGGAGGGCAUGUCCAAGGAGGACCAGAAACAGAUGACCGAGGACCACUUUCUCUUCAAGGAUGACGACAGAUUCUUGAGAGACGCCGGCGGCUACAACGACUGGUGCUCCGGCAGGGGCAUCUUCUUCAACACCGCCAAGAACUUCCUUGUGUGGGUAAACGAGGAGGACCAUCUCCGUCUCAUCUCCAUGCAGAAGGGUGGCGACUUGGCCGCAGUCUACAGGCGACUCGUCGUGGCUAUCAACACCAUGACAGCCAGUGGUCUCUCAUUCGCAAAACGUGACGGUCUCGGCUACCUGACAUUCUGCCCCAGCAACUUGGGCACAGCUCUCCGUGCCUCCGUGCACAUGAAGAUCCCCAAUCUGGCCGCCUCGCCUGAGUUCAAGUCAUUCUGUGAUAACCUUAACAUCCAAGCUAGAGGUAUCCAUGGCGAGCACACCGAGAGUGUCGGUGGCGUGUACGAUCUGUCCAACAAACGUCGGCUGGGCCUUACCGAGUACCAGGCUGUGGAGGAGAUGCGCGUUGGCGUCGAGGCAUGUCUUGCCAAGGAAAAAGAACUUGCCGCCGCAAAGAAGUUGACCCAAACAGCGCUUUCCGCGUGUCGGCAACCUUGUGCACUGUAUAUAAGAGCCGGCGUCCGAAUGUAUUCAGAUUACAAGUCAAAAGUCGAGAUGAGCAAGGGAGCAUCUGGAAAUACCCCAGCCGGGAACGCUGACUUGCAGGAGUUAUGGACCCGACUUUCUGGAGCUUCUUCGGAUACAUGCAAGUCCCUUCUUAAAAAGAAUUUAACCCAAGCAAGGUUUGAUGCCCUCAAGGAUAAAAAGACGAAAUUUGGAGGGACUCUUGCAGAUUGUAUUCGAUCAGGAUGCAAGAACCUUGAAAGCGGUGUCGGCAUCUACGCCUGCGACCCCGAGGGCUACACCGUCUUUGCCGAUGUCCUCGAUGCAGUCAUCAAGGACUACCACAAGGUCGAGAAGCUUGACCACCCAGAGCCAGACAUGGGCGAGCUCGACAAACUCCAGUUUGCUGACCUUGACCCAUCCGGCGACUACAUCCUGUCCACCCGCGUCCGUGUCGGCAGGAGCCACGACAGCUACGGCUUCCCACCCGUCCUCAACAAGGAGCAACGUCUAAAGAUGGAAGAGGACACCAAGGCCGCCUUCGAGAAGUUCACUGGCGAGCUGGCUGGCAAGUACUACCCUCUGGACGGCAUGAAAGCGGAGGACCAGAAACAGCUGGUUGAAGACCAUUUCCUCUUCAAGGAUGAUGACAGAUUUUUGAGAGAUGCCAGUGGCUACGACGACUGGCCUUCUGGCAGAGGCAUCUUCCACAACAACGACAAGACCUUCCUUGUCUGGGUGAACGAGGAGGACCAUCUCCGUCUCAUCUCCAUGCAGAAGGGCGGCGACUUGGGAGCUGUCUACAGAAGGCUGGUGAAUGCCAUCAAGAUAAUGCAGGGGAGCGGUCUCUCAUUCGCCAAGAGGAAGGGUCUCGGCUACCUGACGUUCUGCCCCAGCAACUUGGGCACAGCUCUCCGUGCCUCGGUCCACAUGAAGAUCCCCAAACUGGCCGCACAGCCUGACUUCAAGGAAUUCUGCGAGAAACUCAACAUCCAGCCAAGAGGUAUCCACGGCGAACACACCGAGAGUGUCGGGGGCGUCUACGACCUCUCCAACAAGCGUCGUCUUGGUCUGACGGAGUUCCAGGCCGUCGAGGAGAUGAGGGCAGGAGUAGAGGCGUGCCUGAAGAAAGAGAAAGAACUUGAGGCAGCAGCUAAGAAGUAGAUCUACGCAACUCUGACAUUCCAACACGAUACCGAACUUGUACAUAUAUUGAGUGUGUGUGACGCUUGUAGCUUUAUCUCGAAAUAGUCUUCAGAAAGUCAAAGAUUCUGAAUAAUCGGAAACAUCUUCCCAAAUACGGAUACCAAUACCGGGCAUUUAUACAGCGUUACACAGGAUGUAGAAGAGCACAAUGCUUAGUUGACGUCAUCAUUGAUGGCCAUGCCCGUCAUCGUACAGUUGGAGAAGCGGCGUCAGUUUUUGUUAAUGGAUUAGAAUUGACCGCAGAUGAUUUCUCAGAGCUGUAAAACUUAAUACACAGACCGUCCUACCUGUAAAUGUCGGUACCUCUACCAAGUGCUAGUUUUGAUUUCUUGACCAACGGGCUGCGCCAAUCCUGUCACAUAAGCUUCCAUGGGACCAACAUCCUUCAGUGUUUCUUUUCCAUUCCAGCGUGAUAUCAAUGAGGAUUGUGUGCAAGUAUUUAAAUCAUUACAAAUAAAACAUUGUUAUGGAUGUC